AUAUAAGGCUAGGGGCGGGCGCCGCUCUUUUGUCUCUUGCUGCAGCGACGCGAGUGGGAGCACCUGGAGCGCGAGCUCGGAACGAGACUCUACGGGUUGUAAGAAAAUGGCAGACAAGCCGGACAUGGGGGAAAUCGCCAGCUUUGAUAAGGCCAAGCUGAAGAAAACCGAGACGCAGGAGAAGAACACCCUGCCGACCAAAGAGACCAUUGAACAGGAAAAGAGGAGCGAAAUUUCCUAAGAGCCUAGGAAGAUUUCCCCUACCCCACCCCGUCAUCUCCGAGAUCCCCUCACGAUGUGGAGAAAGAGCCACCUGCAAGAUGGACGCGAGCCACAAGCUGCACUGUGAACCCGGGCACUCCGCGCCGAUGCCACCGGCCCGCGGGUCUCCGGAGCGGGACCCCCCCACCAAUCGGACUGCCAAAUUUCACCGGUUUGCCCUGGGAUAUUAUAGAAAAUUAUUUGUAUGAUUGAUGAAAAUAAAACACCUCGUGGCAUGGU